UCCCCGGCUCUACAACAUCUGUGAUGCUGGAGCCUCCAUAACUCGUCAGUCACUCUGUCCAGCAUGCCCUCCUCUCCCCCCACCCCUUCCCUCAACUCCUCCAUCCCCACCUUAUCCUCACCAGGUUCCUCAUGCCUUCUAGAUGAGUCCUACAAGCACAUCUUCCUGCCAACCUGCUACCUCUUCACCUUCCUACUCAGCCUGGUACUGAACUCGAUUGUCCUCACACGAUGCCUUCGUCGGCCUUGGAAUCCAUCACUAGUCUACAUGUUCAACCUGGCUCUCAGUGACCUCAUGUACAGUAUGUCCCUACCUUUCCUCAUUGCCAAUUACAUCUAUCGUGACCGCUGGCUGUUCGGAGACCCCAUGUGUCGCCUGGUUCGUUUUCUCUUCUACUUCAACCUCUACUGCAGCAUCUUCUUCCUGACAUGUAUCUCGUUUCACCGCUAUCUUGGCAUCUGCCAUCCCAUACGUACCAUGAGGCUGGAAACUAUGCGCUGGGUGAGGGCCACCUGUCUGCUCGUUUGGGGUGUGGUGUUUGCCAUGACCUCACCUAUUCUGCUCUUUGCCCGAACAGGACUCCUCGAAGGGCAUGAGGAGAUACUGACGUGUUGGGAUGAUGCCGUGGACGCAGACCUCCAACGUUACAUGCCUUAUGGACUCUUCUUGCAUGUAGCGGGGUUCUUCCUGCCCUUCACGCUGACUGCCUGGUGCUACUCAAGAGUUGUGCGCACUCUCUGUCGGACACUAAGGGGGGGAGUGGUCCCAGGACCGGUGCCUGGUGUGACCCAGAGACGCAAGUCCAUUCGGACCAUUGUCACCAUCACCCUUCUAUUUGCUCUCUGCUUUCUGCCUUUCCACGUCACACGCACCAUUUUCCUGACAAUGCGGACCAUGGGCAAUUCCCUGAGCGGAUGCCGCGCACUGGAGGUGGUGGCUGUCUGCUACAAAGUAACUCGGCCCCUGGCCAGCUCCAACGCGUUUCUCAAUGCCCUGGUUUACUUCCUGACCAAGGAGCCCUUCGGUCGGACGCUGAGGAGCAAGAAGGAGAGGGAACAAAUGGGAAAAGUGGACAAAAAAAGACUAAACAAGGGUGGACAAGCCUGGGGUAACUUGUACCCACAAUUUCCCUAAAGCAGAGACAUUGCAGACGUCCCGUGGAAGAAUCUGCUCCCAAUUCUCCAGUGACUAUGGUUAAACAAAAAAGACUUUAAGCAAAUAUUUAUCUCUAUGGACAUAAAGGCUUGUCUGGACUUUCGUAGCGAAAAGUGUUCCACACAAGCAAACGGCAAUGCAAAAAUAAAUGAGAGACAGAUCUAGGAGACAAAUAACUUUUGUAGGUGAUUACGGGAAUAUUUAAUGCUUUCAAGGGACUCAGAAAUCGUUGUGGACCAUGGACAAAGCACGUUUCACAUACUGGCAACAGGACAGAGACAGAAAAACAAUGGCUACUUUAUAGGGCUCUUUGCUGGGUAAAAUAAUAGUAUCUCCUUAUAUGGGACGCAGCAGACUGAAGAGUCUUCUCCUGCUAUGACGGGUUCUUCACUAUGCAUCGUGGUAAUUUGACACUGGGUAGAGUAACAAUCUGGACAAUGAGUGACACUUACCAUUGGUAUGGUUAUUUAAUAAAUACAAAUAUGCAGGGAAAG